AUGGGAUCGGUGGCCUCUGAAGCUUUAACGGCUGCCAUUACCACGGCGCGACAUACAGCUAAGGAGCUUCAUGGCAUCGUAGUAUCAGCUGGCUUGAUGGAUAAGACCGUUAAGGUCAAGUUAGGCGGGCUCAGGUGGGAGCCGAGAGUGCAAAAGUAUUUCAAGGAUCCACGAUUCAAGCUUGUCCACGAUCCUCGGAACUCGGUCCGUCAAGGGGACGUUGUGGCCAUCACACCCACGUGGAGGAUAUCGCAGCAUGUCCGCCAUGUCGUCAAGCACAUCAUCGCGCCGUAUGGCGAGCCAAUCGAGGAGCGCCCGCCCAUACCAACUCUGGAGGAGCGGGUGGCUGAGAGACUAGCCAAGAGAGCUGCCAAGGACGAGCGGAGGAGUGCGUUGCGGGCAGAACAGGCCGCGCUACGGGCUGAGCAGGCCGCGAUUCUCAAGCAGGAAAAGGCUGACCGAGAGCUUGCAAAGGAAGCGAAAAGAAUAGAGAAGAGGGCGGCGCGUGAGGCUAGUCAACCUCCGCCACCUACGGUACCCGACAAUGUCGACUGA